CAUUUUUCCUCAGCUACUUUUCGCACUUCGCGUUCCGAGAGCGUUCGCAAAUCCAAUCAAAUUCUCGCGAACCCUGAAUUCAAAAGCGGUAGCUUCCUCUGAAAAUCUAAUCAGAACCCUACGCCAUGGUCAACGAAAACCAAGCUUCGACCUCUUCGAGCGCGUUCUCGUUCAUAUCCAAGGGAUUGCAAGGGGUGCGGGACUCGGCGGACGCGGAUCUCCAGUUGAUGCGGGACCGGGCCAACUCGUUCAAGAACCUCGCGACGUCGUUCGACCGAGAGCUAGAGAACUUCUUCAACUCCGCCUCGACGUCGUUCUCGGUCCCGGCGAUCCGGUCGACGCCGCCGCCGACCGAGAUCGAUUUCGUGAAGAGGCUGCAGCCUAAGUUCUCGGAGUUCCGGCGGGCGUACUCGUCGCCGAAUUUCAGCAAGAAGGUUCUGGAGAAGUGGAGCCCGAGGACGAGAAUUCGGAUCGAUUUAUCGGCGAUAAGAAAUGCGAUUGUAUCGGAGGUGGACGACGGGGAUGGAACGAUCAAUUUUGAUAGGGUUAGGAGGAGGAAUAUGGUUAAGUUUAGAGAGUUCUGGGGGGAGUGGAAGGGGGAGGGAGGAGAGGAAGCGCAGUCUGCUAGGGAUUGGGAGCCAGUUCGGGCGUUGAAGACGAGGCUCAAAGAGUUUGAGAGGCGAAGUUCUUCGGCGGAGAUAUUCGGUGGGUUUAAGAAGAGUGAGUUUGUCGAGAAAGUGAAGUCAAGCUUGAAAGCAUUGUGCAAGGAGCCUGAAGAGUCAAAGGAAGUACCACCGCUGGACGUGACAGAACUUUUGGCAUAUUUGGUUAGGCAAUCUGGCCCAAUUUUGGGUGUUAGAAGAGAUAUAUGUGACAAGAUAGUGGAAAGCUUGUGUAGCAAACGCAAGAGCCAACUUUUAUUGCACUCUGCAUCGGCUGGGGAAUCCUCUGUUCUAGGGAAUGAUAACAUUAAUGAUGAAUUAGAUUUGAGGAUAGCCAGUGUCCUCCAAAGUACAGGUCAUUGUUACGAGGGUGGAUUUUGGAAAGACCACGCAAAGCAUGACCCAUCUGAUGGGAAAAGGCAUGUUGCCAUCGUCACAACUGCUAGUCUUCCUUGGUUGACUGGAACAGCUGUAAAUCCACUGUUUCGAGCUGCAUAUUUAGCACAGUCUGCAAAACAAAAUGUCACACUCCUGGUUCCAUGGCUUUGUAAAUCAGAUCAAGAAAUAGUUUAUCCAAACAAUCUCAUUUUUAGUUCACCAGAGGAGCAGGAAAUUUAUAUACGUAACUGGCUUGAGGAAAGGAUUGGCUUCAAGGCUGAUUUUAAAAUUUCCUUUUAUCCUGGAAAGUUUUCAAAGGAAAGGAGAAGCAUAAUACCCACUGGAGAUACUUCUCAGUUUAUCUCUUCAAAGGAUGCUGACAUUGCUAUCCUAGAAGAACCAGAGCACCUAAAUUGGUACCAUCAUGGUAGACGUUGGACUGAUAAAUUUAACCAUGUUGUGGGAAUUGUCCACACAAAUUACUUGGAAUAUAUCAAGAGGGAGAAGAAUGGGGCUCUCCAAGCAUUCUUUGUAAAACAUAUAAACAAUUGGGUCACAAGAGCUUACUGCCACAAGGUCCUUCGGCUUUCUGCCGCUACUCAGGAUUUACCGAAGUCUGUGGUUUGCAAUGUUCAUGGUGUGAAUCCUAAGUUUUUGAAAAUUGGAGAAAGGGUUGCUGCAGAAAGGGAACUUGGGCAGCAAGCCUUCUCAAAAGGAGCAUAUUUCUUAGGCAAGAUGGUCUGGGCAAAGGGAUACAAGGAGUUGAUAGAUUUGUUAGCAAGGAACAAGAGUGACCUUUAUGGCUUCAAGUUAGACGUGUUUGGGAAUGGAGAGGAUGCCCAUGAAGUUCAGAGUACAGCAAAAAGGUUGGAUCUGAAUCUCAAUUUUCAAAAGGGAAGAGACCAUGCAGAUGACUCUCUUCAUGGGUACAAAGUCUUCAUAAAUCCUAGUGUUAGUGAUGUCCUCUGCACAGCUACUGCUGAGGCUCUUGCAAUGGGGAAAUUUGUAGUAUGCGCGGAUCACCCAUCAAAUGAGUUCUUUAGGUCAUUUCCCAACUGUUUGACUUACAAGACGUCUGAGGACUUUGUUGCCAAAGUUAAAGAAGCACUAGCAAAUGAGCCUCAUCCUCUUACACCUGAGCAAAGAUAUAACCUUUCAUGGGAGGCUGCCACCCAGAGAUUUAUCAAUUAUUCCGAGCUUGAGAGAUUCUUGAAUAACAAUGAAGCCGGUGCAAAAGGCAGCAGCAGAAGAAAUGAUGGAAACAUCAUUAAAAAAUCAGCAUCAUUACCUAGUCUGACAGAGAUGGUUGAUGGAGGAUUGGCAUUUGCCCACUACUCUUUAACUGGGAAUGAAUUUCUUAGACUUUGUACCGGAGCGAUUCCCAAGACCCGUGACUACGACAAGCAGCAUUGUAAAGACCUUAAUCUCUUGCCGCCGCAGGUAGAAAAUCCCAUCUAUGGUUGGUAAGUAGAUCGACCACUCUGUACAAGUAAUCCCUGUGUAUAAUACUUUACAUAUCUCAGUUAGGAGCCUGCUUUAGUUAUUUAGUCUGAAGGUUUCUUGUUCCCUUGAUGAAUGUAUUCAUUUCUGAAAGCACAUAUAGUUUAACAGCUGAAUCCAAGUUUUGCUCUUUUCCAUGUCAAUAUAGAAGACCAAUGCAAUAGUAUAUGACCACUUUUACUUUUUAA